UUGAAACUGACAGUUGGUCGCUGUCGGUGUUGAUAACUAACCAAUACAGCCGAGUAUACUGUGUUCAUUUAAACUUUAAUUUGUUUACGUCUCUGUGCUGAGCAUAGUACAAAAGUGAAUUUUGCUCAAUAGCUGAAUUUUUUCUUUUAUUUAUUCAACGCUAAUAUUUUCAUUGGAUCUCCCAAUAAUUUACCAAAACAAAUCUUAGCAAGUUUCUAUAAAAAUCGUGCAUCAAAAAAUGUCUGAGCAAGAAGCGAAUUCAAACAAAUCAAAUGUUCCAUCACCAAUCAAAUAUUUCCUAUCAGGAGGAUUUGGAGGUAUCUGUACCGUCAUCGCUGGCCAUCCCCUGGAUACAAUCAAGGUUCGAUUGCAAACAAUGCCAUUACCGUCCCCUGGUCAAUUACCGCAAUACACCGGUACUUAUGAUUGUGCACGGAAAACCGUUCAGCGAGAAGGAUUUCGUGGGCUAUACAAAGGCAUGUCAGCUCCAUUAACGGGUGUUGCACCCAUAUUUGCAAUGAGCUUUUUCGGCUUUGGAUUGGGUAAACGUUUGCAGCAGAAGACCCCGGAUGAACAGUUAACAAAUACACAGCUAUUUGCUGCAGGUGCCUUCUCUGGUAUUUUCACGACAUCAAUUAUGGCUCCGGGUGAGCGCAUCAAGUGUUUGCUUCAAAUUCAACAAGGUGGCAACGCACCGCAAAAAUAUAAUGGCAUGGUGGACUGUGCUAAGCAAUUAUACAAAGAAGGUGGCAUCCGCAACGUUUAUAAAGGCUCAUUCGCUACUUUGCUGAGAGAUGUGCCAGCCAGUGGUUUAUAUUUCUUGACUUACGAGUAUGUAAAAGAUUUGGCAGCCCGGGAAUUCGGUACGGAGGGAAGUCUUGCAUUGAUUGGAACUAUUUUUGCUGGUGGUUCUGCUGGUAUUGCUAAUUGGGCAGUGGGUAUGCCUGCCGAUGUACUAAAAAGUCGCCUUCAGACUGCCGCUCCUGGCACCUAUCCAAAUGGCAUUCGUGAUGUUUUCCGUGAAUUGAUGCGUAAAGAAGGUCCAUUGGCGCUGUACAAAGGUGUUACACCAGUGAUGUUAAGAGCUUUUCCAGCUAAUGCGGCCUGUUUUAUUGGUUUCGAAAUUGCCAUGAAGUUCUUGAACUACGUCGCUCCAAAUCUUUAAGUCUUGAUUUUUGUUUACACCAUCGAUUUCAGUUGUGGGGUUACUUUAAGUAAACACAUAUUCACGCAGUCAGUCAUAUGAACUUUUUUUUCUUUCAAAGUGAGAAAAAUUAAAAUGCUGCUUGGUUAUUGAAAUGGAUUUGAAACAUGUAUUUUUUGUACUGAACAAAUUUCUUGAAUAUUCUUUGUUAUCAAAUAAAUGCACAUACAAAUUA